AUGGGGGCUAACAAGCCCUGCCCAGUUGCCAUCAUUUUUUUUCUUCUGCUUGACUGUGCCUGUGGGCUGCCUCCUGACUACGAUCAUUUGGCAGUCCGUCAUCUGCAUGCGCUCCGGAUUUUCCGCGAGUGCAAGCUAUUGAAUAUCCCUGUCUGGACUCCUGCGGCGGCCGCCGCACGAGAAGCUGUUGGCAUGAAGCAAUGGGCGGCGUCGUGCCUCCCGCUGCUGGUGCGACAGCCAGCAGCGAUGAAGCAGCGGCACCUGCUGCGCCGGAUAGCGACACGGCCCUUCAAUCUCUCCGCAGGUGAUCAGCACGAGCAGCAGGCACACCCCGGGCAUAGCAACAGUGUUGGAAAUGCGGCUGGGUCGUCGAUCGCUAGAUCAGGCCUUCAAACAAGCCCUGUAUUAGGCGAUGCAGAGGGUCGCCCGACAGCCUCUCGCUCUUCGGGCCGGCAUAUCCGCCCACCGCUCAAAGUCCGUGAGGCGAGACGCGCUGCUGAGGCUAGCGCUGCCGAUGGUGACAGCGGGCGUACAGGAUACUCAUUUCGUACUAGGGCGCGCACUAACAAUGGCCGGGUGGCUGGUUCUUCGGGAAGAAGCGGAAGUGGUAGCAGCAAGGCUCCGCGGCUCAAGCUGAGCCUUAAGAGUAGUCAAGCCGGACUAGGGACUGGUCAAGGGCCCAAGACGGCGCCUUAUAUGCAAGGAUAUACUCGCGAGCUUGACAGCUCGGACGACGAGACGGGAGAAGGACUGGCGUUCGAAGAGCAGAUUAUUUUGCGCUUCCCAGAAGGGCCAGAAUGCGACCAGCUGCGCGAUAUGGUUCAAAAGCGGCAGAUAGGCGAGCCCGGUGCUCCAUCCGUGUGGUUCAAAUUCAAGGACUCCAGGCGAGCAGUCGUGCGGGUCGGCGAUGCGCUCUUUGCCGCUAAGCUUGUCGACUUACCGACCAUAUCAGAGACUCACAAGACGCUCGACAAUCGGCAAUUUUUCAAAGUCGCGGACAUUUGUCAAAUGCUCUUGGUCACCGAGAGAAUCGAAAAUGAGAGCGAAGUUGGCUACCACGUCAGUAGCAUGGGCGACCUCGUGGAUCCAAAGGAAGCAGAGAUCAUCGCAAGAGUCAAGGCAGACCUGGACGCCAAGGCGAAGGAAGCUGGUUAUCUCGUCACCUCCAGCACAACCGCUACAAGCUUGACAGGGUUCGACACCAAAGACUUCAUCUAUCCGCACGGUGUAACACCCCCGAUGAACUGGGCGCGUGAGCGUCGCUUUCGAAAGGUCAUUCCAAAGCGGCGAGGCCAGGAAGCGGUCAUGCGCGAGGUGGAGCGGCUUUUGGCGGAGGACGAAGAUGCUGAGGAUGUGCAGAUCGACAUGAUGCGCGAGGAGGAUGCCGAGGCGGAGCUGAGUGCAGAAAAGGAGGCUACAGCUGCCGAAUUCCGCGGUACUGCUAGUGGGCGAGAGCAUCCUGGGCCCGACAGGCAGGGUUCGCAAGCGCCAUCCGAUGCCGACAUGUCUCUGGCUGCAACACCUGUUGCAGGUGGAGAAGAGGAGUCGAUUCUAGGGGAUGGCGACGACGAAGCGGAAGGCGAAGGCUCUGAAGAUGGUGAAGUCGAUCGAGACUUGGCCGCUGCACUCGACGCCGUGCUGGACGAAGACGAGGACGAAGAGGCAUCCGAGCUCGCGAGCGUCAGCGCUGGAAUGAGCGGGCGGCAGAGUCGUGCGGAGAGUCAGGUAGAUGAUGACGAUGACGACGAUCUGUUUGAUGGGGAUGAUGACGAUGCCUCUGCGAACGAUGAAGACGACGAGGAAGAGGAUGACGACGAUGAAAACGAAGAGAUGCACGAGUUCAGAUCUAGGCAGCGCCAGCUCGCGCAGGAGAUCAAGGACAUUGAAGUCCUUGUCAAGCGACGGCAGGAGGAGAUGGACCGUCACCAGAAUUCUCUUUUGAAGGAGCGAGCGCGAGUGACUCUGAACAAAGCGUUGGCUGAGCUCGAUUCCAAAAAGUCUCAGCUCGCAGAAGUACGGGAGGAGCGGCGGCAGGCCGUUGCAGACAUGCAGGCCGAAGAGGAGGAAGCGCAGGCUCGCGCAGACGCCGCCGCCGCUGCCGCCGAAAUGGAGCGCGACCAAGAGCAACGCGAGCGCGAUCGCGAGCAAGGGUGGCAGGCUGCUGCACCAUCGCAAACGUCAGGGGCAGCUGCAGGGACUACGGUAGACGAGCAAGCGUCGCUUCGCAAAUCGGGAAGCUCGGCGAAGGAGCAAUGUGAUGGCGCGCCGCAAGACAAGGCGAAGGCAAACGAAGCUUCUGCACAGCAAAGGGCGGACCAUCCGGCCUCGGCUCCAGGCGCGCCUACAGCACUUGAUGUCCCCGAGGCUGGUGCCGCAUCCAUCCCUAUGGACGUUGAUGAAGAAGACGAGGACGAAGAAGACGAUGAGGAGAACGACGACUUGUUUGGAGAAGACGACGAAGAUGAAGGCUGAUGGUCCGCAACCACUCUGUAGCAUAGCAAUACAAUUCGAGCAUG